AGCUCUCACUCUUCUUUUCAUGAAGUACUCUUUCGUCUCCUUCCUUAGAGACCAAAAACUAAUACCCAUGUCACAGUGACACAUACGCUGAUAUCACUCUCAUUUAUUGAAGAAACACUGGUUGAGGGGUUAUUCUCACAUCUCCAUGUGGGUCUUAAUUCUUAUAUUGUAACAGUAUCUUAGACGCUUUUUUAUUGCAAAGCUACAAUGUUCCAACUGCUUCCUCAGUCGCCUUCUCUCAUGACAUUAUUUUUUGUGUUCCAAAUGAGGCAGAUACACACCUACUAGACCAAAUUUAUAACAAGAGAGUUAGCAUUUACAAGAGAUUCCUCGAGUUGGUCUAAAUCAGUCAUCCCCAGAAGCUCAAAAGUCACUACUAUGGAUCUCACAAGUCCCAAAUAUUUUCAAGCUCCUCCUAUUUGUGCUUCUAAUGGGGAACCAGCAUUGGAGACGAACACAAUCCUGUAUCGGAAAAGUAUAGACAACCCUUUUGCAGACCACUUUCAAGACCCACUUUGCAAGCUUAAUCUCAAGGAGACAUCUGAGUUUGUCAAGUCAUUUCCAAUGCCACGUAACAGUACAGAAUGCAGAGGGUUUCUUGAAGUUCCAGCUCAAAGGAGAAGAGAAGAAGUGAACUUGGUGACUCAGAGGAGAAUAGAAGCUCCUUCUACACCUGGUAGGCCAAUAUUCAGCUACAGUAUUGGUAAUCUUGCAAAAAAGAACUUUCCCUCUAAGUGGGAGGAUGCAGAGAAGUGGCUGAUAAGCAGUUCUUGCCAUGAAUCUCCUGCUCAUGCCUUUCAGCCAUCGCCAGAGUCUUUAAAGAUUCAGAAACAGAAUGAUAAUUUUAGGCAGCAAAUGGAGGUAUUUGCAGAGAAAUCAAGGGUUGCAGAGGAAAAAGUCUCAAAGCUUGUUUCUAGCUUUCAGGGGUCGGUAGCUUUGGACCAACACAAACUGGGAAUAUCCUUUAAUGGGGUUACUGUUUCUCCAGAUGUGUUUCUAAAAGACAAGUUCACUGAUGAGGUAGAACCAGUUUUGCCAAAUUUUAGAUACUCAGUGCCAUCAAAAGAAGGAUUUCUUUUUAGAAACUCAGCCAGUGAAGCGAUGAAAGAUGUUGGUACUGAAGUAUUUCAUGAGGUGGAACACAGAGAUACUGGUACAGAAAUGACUCCUCUAGGCAGUUCCACAACUUCAAGAUGCCACACACCAAUCAAAAACUCAUCGCCUGCUCGCCACAACACGCCUGCCAAUGAGUCAGGUCCUUUGCCUUCGGGGAAUUCUAGUGGCACCAACAAUAGCAUUAACAUCUCCCAGUUACAAGCUUGCCAUUUGGCUAAGCUACAACAUGGGUCACAAUUUGAUUCUGUUACAACAAAUUGGAGCUCAAGGGAAGAAGAGGAAGAGGAAAUAUCAAAGAGCCUGAGACAUUUUGAAACAGGCAUCACUGGCAGGAGAAGUGUUUCAGAUUCAAGAGCUGCUCCAUGGGAGGAAGAGGAAAAGACAAAGUGCUGUCUUAGGUAUCAAAGAGAGGAAGCAAAAAUUCAAGCUUGGUUGAACCUCCAAACUGCAAAAACGGAAGCUCAAUCAAGAAAGCUUGAGGUGAAAAUACAAAAGAUGAGAUCGAACUUAGAAGAGAAGUUGAUGAAGAGAAUGGCAGUUGUUCACAGAAAAGCUGAAGAAUGGAAAACUGCAGCUCUCCAGCAACACACUGAGCAGAUUCAAAGAGCUAGUGAACAAACAAAGAAGAUGACGAAACGACACUUUUCUAUCCACACUUCUUGUGGUUGCUUCCCUUGCAACACCCAUCCUUGAUCUAGAAAUAAAAGACAGAUGUAUCUCCUGCUUUUUCUAAGCAAAACCCAAAUAAUAUCACAUUCUUUUCUUCUCCAA